CCAGUGGGGGCUCAGGAUGCCUUCGAGGAAGCCCUCAAGCUCGACCCGAAGAACGCCCAGGCACAAUCCGGUCUCUCCUCUGUCAAACGAGCAAUUGAAGCUGAGGCUCGCGCUGACGGCAUUGGCGGUGAUCCCUCCGCCGGGCUCGGGGGUCUCUUCAACGACCCCAACAUGUUCCAGAAACUUGCCAGCAACCCCAAGACGGCGCCUCUACUAGCGGACACGGAAUUCAUGAUGAAACUGCAGAGGCUGCGGACCAACCCAAAUGAUGUGGGCCUGGAAAUGCAAGACCCGAGAUUCCUGCAGGUUAUGAGUGUGUUGCUAGGCAUCGACAUGCAGUUUGGAGCACCCCCAGGCGCCGGAGAGCAGAGUGACAGCAGAGUCGCGGAAGAGCAGGAAGAUGUGGAGAUGCCGGACGUGAGGCCCGCGCCAAAGGAAGAGCCCAAGAAGGCACCAGAACCAGAACCCGAGCCAGAGGAGACGGAGGAAGACAGGGUGGCCAAGGAGGCUAAAGCCAAAGCUGACGAGGAGAAGAAAAAGGGCACGGAGUUCUACAAGAAGAGGCAAUUUGACCAAGCGAUCGAGCACUACAACACGGCCUGGUCGCUUCACAAGGACAUCACAUACUUGACCAAUCUUGGAGCGGCCAAGUUCGAGAAGGGUGACUAUGAGGGCUGCAUAGAGGCCUGCAAGCAGGCGGUUGAAUACGGUCGCGAGAUUCUCGCCGAUUUCAAGAUGAUUGCAAGGGCCUUCGCACGUAUCGGUACUUCAUACGAGAAGCUAGGUGACCUCGCCAGCGCAAUCCUCUACUACCAAAAAGCCCAGACCGAGCACCGCACCCCCGAAGUCCUUGCCAAGCUCCGAGCUGCCGAAAAGGCAAAGAUCAUUGCCGAGAAACAGGCCUACAUCAACCCCGAGGAAGCCGAGAAGGCGCGCGAACUCGGAAACGCCAAGUUCAAGGAAGCCGACUGGCCAGCGGCAGUCGAAGCGUAUUCUGAAAUGAUCAAGCGUAGUCCAGAUGAUCCCCGCGGUUACUCGAACCGUGCUGCCUGCUUCAUCAAGCUGCUCUCCUUCCCAUCCGCCGUUCAAGACUGUGACGAGGCGAUCAAGCGUGACUCCAAGUUCAUCCGUGCAUAUCUGCGCAAGGCUCAGGCUUACUUCGCAAUGAGGGAGUAUAGCAAGUGUAUUGACGUAUGUGCGGAGGCGGCGGAGAACGAUGAGGGGGGCAAGAACUCCAGGGAGAUCCAACAGCAAGAACAAAAAGCCAUGCAAGCACAAUUCAGUGCACGCGAGGGUGAGACCGAGGAGCAGACGAUGGAGAGGAUUCAGCGGGACCCUGACGUGAGUUGAACUCCAUUGCUAUCGUCCCUUGUACAAUCGAAAUGGAGAUUGGUACUGAUGGUGACUAGAUUGUGGGCAUUCUUCAAGACCCAGUGAUGCAGAGCAUCCUACAGCAGGCCAAGGAGAACCCGGCCGCUCUCCAAGACCACCUCAAGAACGCACAGAUCCGCC